AUGGCGUUCCCUCCUGGCGGAGUGAUAGUCAUCAUUAUCAAUACUACAUUUACCACUCUUGCAAUCAUCGCGGUGAUCCUCCGGUUCUACGCUAUCAAUGUCAUUGGCAGGAGCUACUAUUUGAGUGAUUAUCUUAUAGUCCUAGGUCUAAUAUUUACUAUUGGCACGGCAGUCCUCGCUAUGGUGGCGGUCAUUGAUGGCGGCGCAGGUCUACACAUGUACCAAGCGAAUGAACAUCAGCUACUGAUGUUACUGAAGACAUUCGUUGCAGGGCCUGUAAUUUGGUCUACGGCUACGACUUUCACAAAACUUUCCAUCCUAUCCUUCUAUCACAAAGUAUUUGGCUCAAAACACUCGAUGAGAAUAGCUGUCUAUAUUGAGAGCAUCAUCACUAUAGCACUCUACCUGGCUGGAGUCUUAGAACCAUUCUUGCUCUGCCGUCCGUUCAGCUAUACCUGGGACAAAUCGGUAAAUGGAACGUGUGGCAAUGCAACAAAGGCCUAUCUGGCAGUGGCCGUGACCAACUUGAUCGUCGACUUGUCCAUAUACCUCCUUCCAAUUCCCGUGCUAUGGAAACUGCAGAUGAACAGGACUAAGAGAGUAGCACUGUGUAGUAUAUUUGGCGUUGGCUUAGUUGUUUGCAUUUUCUCUGGCCUUCGAAUAUAUGCUGUCUUGACACUUAAUGUUAACGAUUACUCACAUUCUAUGAUCAAGGAUAUAACUUUUGGCGGCUUGGAAGUAGAAUUGGGCACAAUAAACGCCUGUCUUCCGUUCUAUCGACCGCUUGUUGCCAAGUAUAUCCCGAGUCUUAGGUUUGAUCGCAACGCUACCAGAAAGUCAUAUGCUGGUACAAAAGCCCGACCAGUCCACGUUCCUUGCAGCAGCGAAGGGGGGUCCCGGGACUCACGCGGAUCACAAAACCCAUUAAACCCUCUAAGCUGCAACCCUUAUGUCGACGAGGUGGUCGGUGAACCAUAUGCCAGUGGAGGUGUACAUGGCCAACUUGACGAUAUCUCGCUAGAAAAGGGGCUCACUGAAGACCAAAGGGCUGCGAGCAGUUGA